AUGGCUCGUUCCGUCCACGCCUUCUCGUCGGCUUCGCACGAUGACAAUGACGACGACGACGACGACUACGAUUACCACGAGUACCCGGCGCCGAUAACAGCCCCCGUUUCGCCUACUUUCCGGCGGCACAUGGCACAGGCACAGACAGAGGCACAAGAGACAGACAGCCUGUUGGGCGGGGACGCCGAGAGGGUGGCUUACGGAACCUCGAGGCCAAAGACGUUCUUUAGAUACAAUACCACAAACACUCUCCGUCGGUCUCGUUAUCACAGCCGCGUGGGCUCGCAGGCCGCUCGUUUUGGGCCCAGGUUGAACAACCAAGAAAGCGAUGUCAGCAAUCCGAAUAAAGAUUCUUCGAUGAUGGCCUCGUCGUUCCUAGAUGAACGUCUGUGGUACGAUCAAUUUACCUCUAUCGAUUGGGUUCAUGAUAGCAUCAAAGACGGCAUCCGACUGCGGCGUCUCAGAAGCCGGCAAGAUUUCCGCGGUCGAGUCCUCUCGCUGUUUGACGGAGCUCAGGGUUGGAUAUUGGUAGCUUUGAUCGGCUGUAUAACUGCUGCCAUCGCCUACUUUGUCGACGUGGCCGAGAGGAGCAUCUUUGAUGUCAAGGAUGGGUUCUGCACCGCUUCCUGGCUGGCUAGCCGGAGGGGUUGCUGUUCGGGCGAGCCAUACUGUGACCAGUGGAGGUCUUGGUCCCAAAUACUCGGACUGUCCGCUGUCGACAAUGAGAAAGUCGAUUUCGCCUUAUACGUCCUCUGGGCCGUCCUGAUGGCCAUGGUCGCGUGCGGCUUAACCAUGUUCACAAAGACUGUCGUCCCUUCAACCAUCUCCCUGUCGACAUUGGAUGAGAACCUAGGCGCCGAAAACGAACCGGGCCCUGCCAGUCCCAGUGGGUACUACACGAAACUGCGAAGUAACCCGUCUACGGUUUACUACUCGGCGGCCGGAAGUGGUGUGGCUGAGGUGAAGGUUAUUCUGAGUGGUUUUGUGUUGCACGGCUACCUUGGACUGAACACACUCAUAUUCAAAACCCUUGCUUUAAUCAUGUCGGUCUCUUCUGGCAUGAGUUUGGGAAAGGAAGGCCCUUAUGUGCACAUUGCCACAUGCGUUGGUAACAUUUGCAGCCGUAUGUUUACCAAAUAUCGGACCAACGACGCCAAACGACGUGAGGUCUUGGGCGCUUCGGCGGCCAGCGGCGUGGCUGUGGCUUUUGGAGCUCCUAUUGGUGGUGUUCUUUUUGGACUGGAAGAAGUCAGCUACUACUUCCCCCCAAAAACUCUCUUUAGGACUUUCUUCUGCUGCAUUGCCGCCACUUUGUCACUGAAAUUUCUCAACCCUUAUGGCACAGGAAAAGUUGUGCCAUUUGAAGUGCGAUAUGUCUCUGACUGGGAGAUAUUUGAGAUGGGCCUCUUCAUUCUCUUGGGGGUCCUGGGCGGCGUGAUUGGCGCACUGUUCAUCAAAGCAACCGGCAGGUGGGCAAGAUCGUUUCGUCGGAUACCUGCUAUCAAACAAUGGCCAAUGCUUGAAGUCGCUCUCGUUGCUUUCGUGACAGGGAUAAUCAGCUUUUGGAACCGCUACACCAAAGUGGGAGUGGCCGAGCUUCUCGAAGAACUCACGGCGCCGUGUGACCCUACUGGGUUGACGAAAACAGGUCUCUGCCCCGACAAGGACGAGAUUUUGGGUGUCGUGGCUUACUUGCUAUGGGCAUUUGUGGUCAAGAGUCUACUGACAACGAUUACAUUUGGCUUAAAAGUCCCUGCCGGUGUUUACGUGCCUUCCAUGGUAGUAGGAGGUCUUAUGGGACGGAUUGUCGGCCAUCUGACUCAGUAUUUUGCGGUUACUUUUCCGGAUUUCUUUAUCUUUGCCGAUUGCCCUGCGGUCCCAGGAACAGAGUCUUGCGUCACUCCAGGUGUAUAUGCGAUGGUGGCAGCAGGAGCAACCAUGUGCGGUGUUACUCGACUGUCCAUCACUCUCGCAGUUAUCUGUUUUGAGUUGACUGGCAGCUUGAACCACGUUCUUCCAUUCUCUAUUGCCAUUCUCUGUGCCAAGUGGACCGCGGAUGCUAUCGAACCCCGCAGCAUUUAUGAUUUACUGACGGAUAUGAACGACUACCCGUUCCUUGACAACAAGGGUCACCCAGUAAGCGAUCAGACAUUGGGUGAUCUUAGUCGAUCCACAGGGCGGCACCGGAUGAUCGAUAUAUCCCAGUCCCCUCUCGUGAAGGCUAGCGAUUUGCGUGGAAAGCUUGAUUAUCUCCUGAUGGCUGGCGAGCUCGAUAGCGCGCUGCCGAUAGUGCGGGACACUGUUUUGGUCGGCUUGAUCCCGAUUACUGACCUCGAGUUUGCAUUGGACAAGCUCGAUGACGAGGACUCGGAAUUCUGUCUCAUGUCUCAUGACCCGAACUGGACCGUUAACGGCAGUGAACACCCAUACGAUACCACUGUUGUACAUGAUUUUACCAUCUACAUUGACCCGUCUCCUGUGGCCCUCGAUCUCCAUUCUCCUUUGGAUUUAGUCUACCAAUGUUUUGUCAAACUGGGACUUCGAUAUAUCUGUGUUAUCGGCAAUGGUAAAUUCCAAGGCCUGGUUCACAAGAAACAAUUCGUCAAGCAUAUGAGAGAAUUAGAGAAGAUUUAA